AUGACCACUGUGCCUGAUAUUGAUUACGCUUUGCAGUCCCAGGCCGUCAAGACCCCCACGGCCAUCUACCUGUCCGGCUCUAUCCCUUUGACCGCUGACGGCAAGUUUGUCGAGGGCACCAUCGCCGAGAAGACGAGACAGUGCAUCCUCAACCUCAAGGCCAUUGUUGAGGAGGCUGGCUCGUCCGUCGAGAAGAUCGUCAAGGUCAACAUCUUCCUUGCUGACAUGGACAACUUCGCUGAAAUGAACAGCGAGUACGAGAAGUGGUUCUCCCACAAGCCUGCCCGCAGCUGCGUUGCCGUCAAGACGCUUCCCAAGAACGUUGACGUCGAGAUUGAGGCUAUUGCUCUGCCGUAAGCUGGGGUCUCGCGCCGAAUGACAUCUGGCAGACUAAGCGUCAUUGUAGUGCGGAUACUCAAUCGCAUCCUCGCCUUUGAAUGCGAGUGAUGCUUGCUGUAGUCUUACGCCAGUUUAAACAACGUACGCCAACUCAUGCCGUCCACGUGAACGAAUGCCGAACAAGGGUUACUAGGAUACCCGCUUGGGACAUCGCUUGCACGUUUGGAGGUCAUAUCACUGACUAUGCGGACGACGCCAGGAUUGCCUGGUGAUAGUGGAUUCAACACUCAUUAGAUGCAACACAGCAAUCAUGUCAACCACG